AUGGCCGACAGACUCGAAGAACAGAAGAACGCUGUCGGCGAAUGCAUCAAAGCCGAGAUAGCACGAAGUAAGACUGUGAAAACAGUCCUUCAAUCAUCACAAGAAUUCUGGAUUAUCAUCCGCGAUGCUAUGCGCGAGCCACCUUACAACAUAUAUCUGAGCGAAUACCAAUGCCGCGGCCUCUACAAGACUUGCCGUAAGGCCAAAAUGCCUCUGCCCGACGUGAGGCGAUACAUUUCCAAAGCAGUGAAGAGAAACGAGCGAGUGAGGGCAGCGAUUCUGCGGGAGAAAGCUGAGUUGGCGGAGAGUGAAGGAAAAGGAAUGGAGAAAGAAGCCGUUUCGGCUGAAAAUGAGGAGGAUGCUGAGGCUGAGGAUGCCGGCGGUGAUUCGGACAUGGAGGAUUUGGAGAUGGAGAACGACGGCGAAGAUGAGGGUGAGGACCUACGUGCCGUCCAGAUGACCCUGGCAGUGAGGACAAAAUGA